GUGCCGGCUGAAGAGGGCCGGCCGGGUGGCCCCUCGUCGGCGCGCCCGCCUCGCUCCACGCGGCCCUGCGUGUUGCGACGAGGUCGCGCCAUCUGCAGCACAGAUGGCGCUACCAUUUGUGAUAUAGAUGGCGCUGUCAUUUGCGCCUCGGAUGAUCCCAGCACCGGUAACAGGAGCGAGACCACAACGUGCGAGACAGGUGGCGCCACCUGCAGCCCGUGCGCACCGGCCGGUCGUGCCGUGGCAGAUGCUGUCAUCUGCCUCGCAGGUGGUGCCACCAUGUGCGGUGAAGCCAGCGACGUUCCUGCAAGCUCGGCAACAGAGGACUUCCGUGCCCACGGGGGCACUGCUGAUGAGGGUUGUGACUCUCCGCUUGGAUCUCCAGCUCCGGUCGAUCCGUGCCAGCUCCAGAACAGCUGCUACGGGCAACACCCAGCACCAGCCGCGCCGAGUGCCACGGAGGCACCAGCACAAGCUCAGGCACCGUCAGUAAAGGCGGCGCCACCAUCGCCCUGCGCCAGCUGCGACUGCGUGCACGUGUCGGCGGCGUGUCCGCUGCUGCAGCCACGAUGCUGGGUGCAGGACGCCGACGGCCCGACGGCUGCCGAAACGCUACCGCCGUGUCUGCACAUAGAUGGCAGCAUGGUGCGGGCGGGAGCGGCCGGCCUGGCUGCCUUCACGCUGCUUGGGCCGUUGCGGGGCCGCCCGGUGCGGCCCGAGCAGGUCACGGACGCGACGGGCCUCCACCACAUCUGGGAGGUGUACGGGGAGGGCGUGUUCCUUGACACGAUAGACCCUGCCAGCUCCAACUGGUUCCGGUUGCUGCGACCGGCGCCGACGCGGGCCGAACGGACGGUGGCAGUCCUCACCAGGGGACGCUGCCUGUUCGCCGUCACCACGUGCGACCUCGCUCCCGACCAGGAGCUGCUGUACUGGCAGGACGACCCCGGCAACACCUGGCAGCGCAAGAACAUGCUGAAGAACAGCUGUGGCGGCUGCAAUCUCAAGUUUGAGCACCCCUUGUUCUACCGGCGCCACUGCUCAUUAUUUCACGAGCCGGGAACCCCACUCACCAUUCGCAAGUACUACUGUAAGGUGUGCGGUGAGGCGGUGCUGGGACGUCAGAAGCUGCUGCGGCAUGCUUUGGAGCAGCACGGCGGUGCCGGCGCUUACCAGUGCCAGCACUGCGGCAAGUACUUCCGUCGGCUCGGCUACCUGGACGUACACCGGAACCACGGCUGCGCGGCCAACCCGCUGCGCACGCACCCGCUCUGUCACCUGUGCGGCACGCGCUUCUGUCAGCCGCAGAAGCUGCGCGCGCACAUCCGACGUGUCCACUCAGAGGCCGGCUCGCCGCCGCCGGAGUUCCGCUGCCAGAGCUGUGGCCGGGUGCUGGGCUGCGGCACGGCACUCCGACGGCACAUGCGUGAGGUGCACGCGGCGGCGGACGGCCGUCACGCCCAGCUCCACUGCCGCCGCUGCGGCAAGCCCUUCCAGAACCGUUCCAACCUCAAGAUCCACAUGCUCACGCACUCCGGCGUCAAGCCGUUCCACUGCGCGCUGGCAGACUGCGGCGCCACCUUCACCACCAAGCAGUGUCUGCAGUUCCACUACCGGCGCCAGCACCAGCUGACCGGCUCGGCCAUGCCUCCCAUCCGCCGCGCCGUGCCCUUCACUCUGACGGCCUACUCCGGCUCCCUGUCGGAGGAGCCGGCGGCGACGGCGGCGGCGGCGGCGCGGCGGCGGCUAACGCGCUCCGACGCCAUCUGGGAGCCGGCGGGAGCCGAGCGGCCCGAGCGGCCCGAGCGGCUCCGCUUCCCCGGCUUCUCGGUGUCACGCGACCUGCCCGACCAGAGCAACGGGCCGCGCCUGCUGCGGGACGCCUCGCGCACCGAGCUGGACAGCAUCGAACCCAGCGUUGGCCUCAUCCUGGACAUGAGCUACCGGCACCGGGCGGAGCAGACGUGAGCUACUGACGCCGGGUGGAGCAGACGUGAGCUACCGGCACCGGGCGGAGUAGACGUGAGCUACCGGCACCGGGUAGAGCAGACGUGAGCCACCGGUACCGGGCGGAGCAGACGUGAGCUACUGACGCCAGGUGGAGCAGAUGUGGGCUACCGGUACCGGGCGGAGCAGACGUGAGCUACUGACGCCGGGUGGAGCAGAUGUGUGCUACAGGUACUGGGUGGAGCAGACGUGAGCUACCGACAACGGGCGGAGCAGACGUGGGCUGCAGGUACCAGGUGGAGCAGACGUGAGCUACCGACAACGGGCGGAGUAGACGUGAGCUGCAGGUACUGGGUGGAGCAGACGUGAGCUACCGACGCCGGGUGGAGCAGACGUGAGCUACAGGUACCGGGUGGAGCAGACAUGAGCUACUGGCACCGGGCGGAGGAGACGUGAGCUACCGACGCCGGGUGGAGCAGACGUGAGCUACCGACACCGGGUGGAUCAGACGUGAGCUACAGGUACCUGUUGAAGCAGACGUGAGCUACCAACGCCGGGUGGAGCAGAUGUGAGCUACCGACGCCAGGUGGAGCAGACGUGAGCUACCGGCGCCGGGCGGAACGGACGUGAGCUACCGGCACCGGGCGGAGCAGACGUGAACUACCGACAACGGGUGGAGCAGACGUGAACUAGCAAUACCGUGCGUAAUAUACAUGAGCUACCGACACCGCGCGAAGAAGCGGGCGUCAGGGAUCGUACUGAAGAUAAGCUACCGACCCUGAAACGGAGAAAAAGGGCGGACGAAUGCAAUGAACUCUAUUAGGAACGAAAUAUCGUAUCGGAUAAACCCUUCCUUCUUACCGCAAGGUAGAGAGAUCAGUAUCCCUAUCCGUCUGUUUUAAGCCCUGGUGCAAAUUGAUAAGGAGUACUUUAGUGUGCGUUCCCACCAUUUGUGGUUGUGAUGGCUGGCCGUCGAUGUGUUAAUGUUUGUCCACGCACCUGUGAAGAUCUAUAGCCGAGUAAGGACCACAAUCAUUCAGCAUGGAAGCUCCUUUCCCUGGUCGUGUGUAUUGGACCUGUUACAAUUAUCGGAUCGCAAACCCAUAAUAUAAUGAAGCAAAACAUAACGCCAUCGUGCGCCUU